CGGAUCCGGUCGAGCCUCACUAGCCAGAUGAAGCUAUCUGGCUGCUUAUAACUUGGAUGACCCUCUGGCUGCUUUCCCCAUCUUUAAAAAGUAUGACAGAAACGGGUUGAAUCUCCAGGUAGAGUGUAAGAGAGUGUCCACCCUCAACCCUAUCACUGUGGAGUGGGCCUAUGAACUAACCAGGACCAACAUGCAAACACUGUACAAGCAGAGUGAGUGGGGAUGGAAGGAGAGAGAAAAGCGGGAUGAGAUGGAUGACGAGAGGGCGUGGUAUCUCCUGGUCAGAGACACAGACUCCUCCCCCGUGGCCUUCUCUCACUUCCGAUUCGACGUCGAGUGCGGAGAGGAGGUGCUAUACUGUUAUGAGGUCCAGUUGGAAAGCAGAGUAAGGAGGAAAGGACUGGGCAAGUUCCUCAUCCAGAUACUACAGCUCAUUGCCAACAGGUUUGAGAUCGAUGACACCUCCCCUAGUAUGUCUGGUUGCUGCAGUGACGACUGCACCUAUGAGAUCCUGUCGCGGCAGACCAAACACGCAGAGGCCUCGGGUCACAGCCAUGGGGGAGGGGGGCACUGUGGGGGCUGCUGCCACUGAGGGACAUGCCUACUUCCAGUUCGUGUUUCACCACGUCCUGGUCCCAUGCUCUAAAACCUAUCCCACUUUCCUAAUCAUGAGUCUUUACCGUUCCCCCCCAACGCCCAAUUGUACACCCCCCUUUAAGCCCCAAAAUUGACAGACUCCCGACCCCCUCUUUUCUGUCCUGUAUCGCACCCCCCCACUUCCCUCUCCCCUCCAUAUUCCACCUCUUUCUUUUCCAUUCUAUUUCAGUCUUUGACAAGUUAGGAAUCUGCUUGUGCCCCGUCUGUCCACCCCUCCUUCUCUUCAACUGCUUUCUUAACAGUCCCAAGGCUCCAUCUCAAUAAUCCUAACGUGCGUACUAUUAUGGAUAGAGCAGUGUAUUGGCCAAGCAUUCUGAAUGGUGGAUGUUGGGACAAGAGCCGUACAAAUGUAUUUCUUAGUUUGAUGAGGUAUUCCAAUUUUAGAAUAAGGCUGUAACGUUAGAAAAUGUGGAAAAAGUCAACUUUCCGAAUGCACUGAAGAUGAGCUGUUUUAUGUACGAUCUCUCAUUUUUUUCCCUCUACUUUCCAACCCGAUAAUAUCCUAUAUCUUUGUCGGGUUUAAAUCCCAACUGACACUCUUCGUUUUUCUUAGCAAGCAUGUUAUGGUCCAAUAGUUUGUGGUAAGAAGACAAAUCACUCCUAAUCACAGAUUUCCUUAACCCAUAAACAAUAUGGGCCUGUUUUCCAGACACAGAUUAGCCUAAAAACUAGUCCAGGAUUAAAAAACUAUUUUAAUUGCGAUUACACAUGGAGUAUUUUUGUCUGGUAAACAGGCACAUGGUGGGUAAAAAUGGAGACCUAUGUCGAUAGGUAUCCUCUACCUGGAUUGGUGGCUUGGUUGGGUUUGUGUUGUGGUGGGGAACAGUUUUGUUUCAAUUUAAAAUAUUUUCUUUUAGGGAAGAAAUGUUAAAUUUUUGUUUUUAUUAACAUCAGACACAUUAUUUUAUUAAGACGUGUUGGAUAUCCUCACCUCAUCCUCAUGUUCAACUAGUUUUUAAAUGUGUGUCUGUCAAUCCCUCUACCCUUGUCUCGGCCUCUCUUUCUCUUUCUCUGUAUAUAUAAUCUGUUAAAUUCAUUGGAUUUGUUUUUUUAAUUUGCCUUUUACAGGUAAAACACUUGUUUUCAGUUUAAAAAUGACAUUUAAACUCAAUGUUUGAUAACGAGUGGUCCUGUCUUGUGAUUGAUUGAAUAUUAACUGACAAAGAUGAAAGGGAAAAAACUAGACUGUCAUUUCUGCCUUGUCUGUAUUUUAUUUGUAUGAUACAAAUAAAGGAAACUUGUUUGACUUCUA